CACAUUACACACAAGAAAAUGGCUCUAUCUCCAGAAAAACUGUAUGAAGAAUAUUCAGUAGUCAACAAAGCUAUCUCUUCCCACGAAAAGAAACAUUGAAUUAAUGUUCCCAGAUACAACACCACCACACAAAAGUGUUUGCAAAUUGCUUCUGCUGUAAUAUUACGUGCCAUGGUACUCCUGGGGAAAAGUACAUUCAGUUAAUGGAAUUCCACUAUCGGCAGUCACAUCCAAUCGCACUGUAGAGACUUGUCCACUGGGAUUCUGCCAAACUGUCGAAACAUCACCCCAGAACCAGUCAACAAGUUAGUCUUUUGGUCACCGUGUGAAACUAGUCUUUUGGCCGCCGUGUGAAGCUCGUCUCAUAGGAUUUGUGUACCAAGAUAGCCUAGCGCCCCGAAUCACUAGCAGAGCAUUCUUAUUCUCACUUACUUCCAUCUUCCGAGGCGGCCAGGGUCCAGCACCCCACUCACUAGCAACAAAUUCCAAAUCCUGUGCUGCCAUGGCUCCAAGAUACUGGCUCUUCUUGGCCUGGUGGCUACCGCUGAUACUGGCCGUCGUGGUGGCUGAGGAGCAAGCGGAAGGCUGCUCGGCUACGAGCUGUGGCAACGUCACCAUCUCUGACCCAUUCUGGCUCUCUGAUUGGCAGACGGAAAGAUCAUGUGGUUCCCCGGAUUUCGAGAUCACCUGCCUUAACGACACUCCAGUUUUACCAAGCUCUGUACCCAGCGUUGGAUUCACAAUCAUGGACAUCUUUUACGAGGAAGAGAGUUUGCGCGUUGUGGAUGUCUGCAAGCUGACAUUGUUGCAAGCCUCCAACAGCUGCCAAGUAACGGUCUGGAACACCUCCGACAAGCUGGGCAUCCCGUUCAAGAUCGACCCCAUCAACCUGAACCUCGUGAUGUACAACUGCACAUCGGCUUCCAUGGUACGUCGGGACAGAGAGCUGGAGCAGACAAGAAUGAGGUGUGGGAACGAGAGCCAGGUGUUUGUCCGCACGGAAGGGAGUUACGAUGAGACGAGUGCUAUGGAGGGCUGCGACACUCUCGUAGUCGUGCCGGUGCUGGGUGGUGCAAACGGCAAGGCAAACACGAGCGACUACGAGCAGCUCAUCGGCGGCGGCUUCCUCUUGAAAUGGCAGCGUGCACCUGUCAGUGGUAGAAAGAGGGCCUUCAGGAAGAUCAUGUUAAUAGCUUUGACAUCAGCAGCUGCAACCUUGCUCUUUACAUGUAUUUAUUUCCUGAUAUGGCAUAAAAAGGGCAAACGACUAUGGUUUCUCAAGAAGACAAGCAGCAACAAUGAAAAGAAUUAUGAGGCCAUGAUAGUAUCUUAUGGAUCCCUAGCGCCAAAAAGAUACAUGUACUCAAAGGUAAUGAAGAUAACGUCUUCUCGCAGUGAUCAGCUUGGAAGAGGUGGUUAUGGUGUAGUUUACAAAGGAAGACUACAUGAUGGUCGUUUGGUUGCUGUAAAAUUCUUGCAUGACUGCAAAGGAAAUGGAGAUGAGUUUCUGAAUGAGGUUAUGAGCAUUGGCAGAACCUCUCAUAUUAAUAUUGUUAGCUUAUUUGGGUUUUGUUUGGAGGGAUCAAAACGAGCUCUUAUAUAUGAGUACAUGUCCAACGGUUCCUUGGAUAAGUACAUAUACUCAGGGAACCCAAAAGAAACUUUAGGAUGGGAGAGGCUCUAUGCGAUAGCAAUUGGGAUUGCUCGUGGCCUAGACUACUUGCACCAUGGCUGUAAUUCUCGGAUUGUUCAUUUCGAUAUCAAGCCUCAGAAUAUCCUUCUAGACAAGGAUUUUACCCCAAAGAUUGCUGAUUUUGGUCUAGCUAAAUUAUGUCAUGCAAAUGAGAGCAAGCUUUCGAUGACUGGUCCUAGAGGAACAAUUGGAUUCAUCGCUCCGGAAGUUCACUAUCGAAACUUCGGUGUGGUUUCAACAAAGUCGGAUGUUUAUAGUUAUGGAAUGAUGUUGUUAGAGAUGGUUGGGGGAAGGAAAAAUGUGAACUCAAUGGCAAAAAGUUCCAGCGAACAAUACCACUUCGCAGCAGAUGAUGGAUUGCAAGCAUGUGAUGUCACAAGACAAAUUGAGGAAAUGGCAAAAAAGAUGACCUUCAUUGGCCUGUGGUGCAUACAGAUACUACCCAUUUAUCGCCCUACAAUAGCCAAAGUUCUAGAAAUGUUCGAGAGAAGCUUAGAUGAAAUGGAGAUGCCACCAAAGCAAAACUUUUGUGAACUACUUGAAGAUUCAGCUCAGAAUAUGAGCGUACAAAGUGCAAGUUCUACCAUUCCUGAAGACAUAAGCCUUGUGAAUUCAAAAAGCCUUGAAGAGCUACCAAAGGUGGAUAAAACCAUGGUGGUUGCAAUUGAAGAUUGCCACCCACGGAUCGUCGCGAUGCAUCCCCCAUUGCGGCAACAGCGAGUCCUCCUCUCCGUCGUCCUAGGAACACUCAUCCUCCUGCACCAUGCGACGACGACACCGGCGGCGGCAGCCGUGGUCACCUGCGCGCCGAAGACGUGCGGCAACAUCACCCUGAGCUACCCGUUCUGGCAGACGGACGCCGCGCAGCCGGCGCCGUGCGGCCCGUCGGCGUUCCAGGUGGACUGUCUGGCCGGUGGGCGGGCGUCUCUCUCCCGCUCCUUCCGCGGCGGCUACAAGCUCCUGCGCGUCUCCUACGCGGACCGCACCGUCGUCGUCUCCAACGACAACGUCCAGACGAACGCCACGGGGUGCCCCGUGCCCACCAUCGACGUCUCGGCCAGCCUCAGCCUCGCGCCCUUCUCCGCCAGCGCCGCCAACCGGCAGCUCUUCUUCCUCUUCAACUGCACGCCCCCGCCGGCCCCAGGGUUCGUCGACGUGAUGUGCUCGAGCACGCAGGCUGUGGUGCGGCUGGACGCGGCGUAUAACACGACUGCGGCGAGGGCCGUCACGGGGAGGUGCAACUAUGCGGUGGUGCCGGUGGUCGGGUCUUUGUCGCCGGGCGGGAGUGCUGGCGGGGAGUACCCGCGGCUGCUCCGGGAAGGCUACGUGCUGGAGUGGAGGGCGUCGGCCGGUGACUGUGGAGCGUGCAGCGCCAGCGGCGGCCAGUGCGGGUACGACUCCAACGCCGACGCGUUCGCCUGCGUUUGCGCCGAUGGCUCGUCGCACCCGGCGAGAUGCAAUGACAAGAAAUCAAAGAGGAAGGUCAUCCUGAUAGUAUCGUUGUCGAUCACAUUUGGCUUGCUGCUGGCCUGCCUUGUCACCGCCUUGAAGUUCCACCGACGAAUUCGAAGCUUUAGUUAUUCCACCAUCAUGGACAGAAAAACCAUCCGUGCUGACAACGCAAACGUUGAAAAGCUGUUGAAAAAGUACGGUUCUCUGGCACCUAGGAGGUAUAGGUACUGUGAGCUGAAGAAGAUAACCAACUCCUUCAAAAUCAAGCUCGGCGAAGGUGGCUACGGCACGGUGUACAGUGGCACCCUGCCAGCCGACCACCGGAAGGUCGCCGUCAAGUUCCUGCACCACUCGGGGCCCAAGGGCGAGGAGUUCCUAAACGAGGUGAUCAGUAUCGGCAGGACGUCCCACGUCAACAUCGUCAGCUUGCUCGGGUUCUGCCUCGAGGGCUCCAAGCGUGCCCUCGUCUAUGAGCAAAUGCCCAACGGCUCCCUUGACAAGUACAUCUACUCCGCACCGUCAUCGACAACGGCGGCACCGGUGAAGAGCCUCGGGUGGGAGACGCUACAGGAGAUCGCAUUGGGCGUGGCGAGGGGGCUGGAGUACCUGCACGAGGGUUGCAACACCCGUAUAAUCCACUUCGAUGUGAAGCCCCACAACGUGCUGCUGGACGAAGGGUUCCGGCCCAAGGUGUCCGACUUCGGGAUGGCCAAGCUAUGUGACCCCAAGGAGAGCAUCCUGACCAUGGCCGACGCGAGGGGCACCGUGGGGUUCAUCGCGCCGGAGGUGUUCUCGCGGGGGUUUGGGGUCGUAUCGGCCAAGUCUGACGUGUACAGCUACGGGAUGCUGCUGCUUGAGAUGGUCGGCGGGCGGAGCAACGUGAAGGCCUUCGCCGCUGAGAAGGAGGCCGACCUGUUCUUCCCGCUCUGGAUCUAUGACUACAUGGUCGGGGAAGGCGGCGUGCUGGUGGCGCGGGAGGAGGAUGGAGGCGGUGGCGAGGGGGAGACGAUCGCGAGGAAGAUGGCGAUGGUCGGGCUGUGGUGCAUACAGACCGUCCCGGCGAGCCGGCCGUCGAUGAGCAGAGUGCUGGAGAUGUUGGAGAGGAGCAUUCACGAGCUCCCCAUGCCACCGAGGCCGUACCACCCGUCUUCUCCUUCCUUCUCUCCUUCGAUAUCGCACUCGCUGCCGUCCAGCUACCCAUCUUCUACCUCGGGCUUCACACAACGAUCAAGACCGCUUACACCGGAGAGCACAGUGUAAUUGAAAGAUUGUUUGGAUAAUCAAACAAAGAAGCAAACGGUCAGAUAAACUGAAGAUAACUCAAGUAUUCUACACCACUGACAAGAUUAUUGGCCUGGCGGUGUACUUGUACCAACUAAGUAAAAUACCAAAAGAAAUUUGUGUUUUCUUGCCAACCGUAUCUCCAGGUAGCUUAGUGCAUGUACAGAGUCUUGUGUUGCAUGGAGGAGAGUGAAAUAGGAAAGAUAACAAAACUUAUUCUUCAAAUAGUCGGAUCUGUAUUGUUGCCGGCCGUAAAUUAGUGUAUCAGAGGCGACGAUCGUCCAUAAAUUAUAGGAUGUGGCUAGUUUUUAGCCCACUCAAAAUUAACUUUGUUCACA